CUAUCAGAGAGCUUGGCACAAUGGCAGGGUCCUGCCCUUCUUGCUUACAACGACGCCGUCUUCACCGAGGAAGACUUCGUUAGUAUCUCCAGAAUUGGCGGCAGUAGCAAGCACGGUCAAGCAUGGAAGACCGGUCGUUUCGGGUAAUGCCACACAUUUGUCCGUUAAGUCUGCGUCUUUAGAGUGAUAUUAAUAUUUGCUGGUGUUAAGGUACAAAAUUGCCCUAGUAGUUUCGAACUCAGAUAUGCUAAUUCACCAGGAGGAGGAGAAAGAAAAAGGGAAAUUGGGAUGCAAAGUUUGAACUGCCUGUUAAUAUAGUCAUCCGUCAUCACUUGAGAAGAGCAUUUUAAAUGGAGGAAAUGUUAUAGUAAAAAAUUUGCAACCAUGGCCUUUGCAAUGUGGAUGGCUGGGGAGGGAGGAAGUUUCCAUUGGAUGCUAUGUAGAAGUUGAGAUCACCUACACAACUAUUUUUUUUUUGUAUGGGAAGCUGCAGUUGGAUCUGAUUUCAACUAUUGGCAUGCUCUGUAUGGGAAGCUUUGAUUAGAUAUGAGUUUGUCAAGUAUCAACAAUAACUUAGCAGGAGUUUGAAUCUUCGCUGAUAGGGUUGGCUUCAAUUCGGUGUAUCAUUUAACUGAUUUGCCCUCUUUUGUGAGUGGCAAAUAUGUUGUCCUAUUUGAUCCUCAGGGUGUGUACCUUCCAAAUGUUUCUUCUGCAAAUCCUGGAAAGAGAAUUGAAUAUGUCAGUUCUUCAGCCAUCUCAAUCUAUAAAGACCAAUUCUUUCCCUAUUGUGUUUUUGGUUGCAACAUGAAAAGUUCUUUUGCUGGAACUUUAUUCCGUUUCCCUUUGAGGAAUGCAGAUCAAGCGGCCAGAAGUAAGCUCUCACGGCAAGUGUAUUUAGAAGAGGACAUUCGUUUGAUGUUUGAUCAGCUCUAUGGGGAAGGUGUUUUCUCGUUACUCUUUCUCAAAAGUGUACUUUCUAUUGAAAUGUAUGCAUGGGAUGCUGGAGAACAAGAGCCCAGGAAGUUCUAUUCAUGUUCUGUUAACUCAGAAAAUAAUGACACCGUUUGGCAUCGGCAGGCACUUCUGAGAUUGUCAAACCCAAAUGGAGCUAUAGAGAGUGAGAUGGAUGCAUAUUCUGUGGAAUUCUUGAGUGAGGCAAGAAUUGGGAGCCAAUUUAGAAGGAGAGCUGAUAAGUUUUAUGUUGUUCAGAAAAUGGCUCUGGCAUCUAGUAGAAUUGGUUCUUUUGCUACUGCUGCAUCGAAAGAACAUGAUAUUCACCUGCUACCAUGGGCAUCAGUUGCCGCAUGCAUAUCCAAUGACUUAUCAGAUAAUGAUGAUGUAAAGAUUGGCCGGGCAUUCUGUUUCCUUCCACUGCCUGUAAGAACUGGACUAACUGUACACGUUAAUGGAUACUUUGAGGUGUCGUCGAAUCGUCGUGGCAUUUGGUAUGGAGCUGACAUGGACAGAAGUGGAAAAAUUCGUUCUGUUUGGAACAGGCUUCUUUUAGAAGAUGUUGUGGCACCCGCUUUUACAGAACUAUUACUUGGUGUGAGACAUUUGCUAGGUCCAACAAGUUCUUAUUAUUCCUUAUGGCCAAGUGGCUCAUUUGAAGAGCCAUGGAGUCUAUUAGUGGAGUACUUCUAUAAAAACAUUUGUUCUGCUCCAGUAGUGUAUUCAGAUUUUGGAGGGGGGGAAUGGGUGGCCCUGGUCGAUGCUUUUCUGCAUGAUGAGGAGUUCAUUAAAAGCAAAGAACUCAGUGAGGCCUUGUUACUGCUUGGAAUGCCUAUUGUCCACUUGCCUAAUGUACUUUCUGACAUGUGUUUAAAGUAUGCUUCUGGGUUUCAGCUGAAAGUGGUCACUCCUUGCGCGGUGCGAUAUUUUCUCCAGGGAUGCAAAGGUCUUGUGACUGUGAGCAAGUCGUACAAGCUUGCUUUGUUAGAAUAUUGUCUUGAUGACUUAAUUGAUGCGGAUGUUGCUAAGCAUGCAAGUAACCUGCAAUUGCUUCCUUUAGCAAAUGGUGAUUUUGGAUCACUGUCUGAAGCCUCAAAAGAGACUCCAUAUAUUAUCUGUAAUGAGUUAGAACACAUUCUGCUUCAAAAAAUUUCCAAUAGAUUGAUUGAUCAGAACAUUCCUGUCAAUUUAAUCAGCCGGCUAUCUGCUGUUGCAAAUUGCUCGGAGGCCAACCUUAUUGUUUUUAAUGUCCAGUAUCUCCUUGAGUUAUUCCCUAGACUGGUGCCAGCUGACUGGAAGUAUAAAAGCAAGGUUGUUUGGGACCCACAAUCUUGUCACAAUCAUCUGAGUUCGUCGUGGUUUAUUGUAUUUUGGCAAUAUCUUCGAGACCAAUGUGAAAAAUUAUCAUUAUUUUGUGACUGGCCUAUCUUGCCAUCUAUAUCUGGGCAUUUGUACAGAGCUUCUAGAGAAUCAAAACUGAUUAAUGCCGAAAAGCUUUUUGAUAGGAUGCAGGAUAUCCUUGUUAAGAUUGGAUGCAAGAUACUCAACCCUGUCUAUGGAGUUGAACAUCCAGAUUUGUUUCAAUAUGUAUGUGAGGCUGAUUGCGCAGGUGUUCUGCAAUCUAUUUUUGAUUCUGUCUCUUCAAAUAGCAUCACCGUGCAAACUUUGUUCUGUGAUUUGAGAGCUGAAGAAAGGGAUGAGCUUCGUAAAUUUCUUCUUGAUCCAAAAUGGUACAUGGGAGAUGCACUAGAUGAAUAUUACAUAAUAAACUGCAGGAGGCUGCCCAUUUAUAGAGUUCACGGUGAAGGACCUGCGGCUGAAUUUAACUUUUCUGAUCUAGAAAAUCCUCAAAAGUUCUUCCCGCCAUCUGAUAUUCCUGACUUUUUUCUGGGAGUUGAGUUUAUAAGUAGCUCCUGCAGUAGUGAAGAACAACUUCUGUCCAGAUAUUAUGGAAUUCAGAGAAUGGGGAAAUCAUUGUUUUACAGGAAGCAUGUUUUAAACAGAAUCAAGGAGUUGCAACCUGAUCUUCGUGACAGCACUAUGCUUUCUGUAUUGCAAACCUUACCGCAGUUGUGUAUUGAAGACUCAUUUUUUAAAGAAUAUUUAAAAAAUUUAGAAUUCAUCCCAACCAUUAGUGGUGCUGUUAAGUGUCCUGCAGUGCUCUAUGAUCCUCGUUAUGAAGAAUUAUGUGCUUUACUAGAAGAUUCUGAUAGUUUCCCUUCUGGUGUUUUCGAAGAAUCGGGUGUUUUGGAUAUGCUUCAGGGUUUGGGCCUCAGAACAUCUGUAUCUCCUGAAACAGUUAUAGAAAGUGCUCGACAGAUAGAGCGGUUAAUGCAUGAGGAUCAACAAAAGGCACAUUCUAGAGGUAAAGUGCUACUUUCCUACUUGGAAGUGAAUGCUGUGAAGUGGAUACCCAGUCAAUCAAAUGAUGGCCCUGUGAAUAAAAUGUUUUCGCGAGCUACAAGUUCAUUCAGGCCUCGCAACUUAAAAUCAGACCUAGACAAAUUCUGGAAUGAUCUAUGCUUGAUAUGCUGGUGCCCAGUAACGGUUUCCGCUCCAUUUCAGAUGUUGCCAUGGCCUCUUACGUCAUCCACAGUUGCUCCUCCUAAGCUUGUGAGAUUGCAAACAGAUAUGUGGCUUGUUUCUGCGAGCAUGCGGAUACUGGAUGGAGAAUGCUCUUCCACACCAUUAUCAUAUAACCUUGGCUGGUUAUCACCGCCAGGAGGUAGUGCAAUUGCUGCCCAGUUGCUUGAACUGGGAAAGAACAAUGAGAUUGUGAACGAUCAGGUGCUUCGACAAGAAUUAGCUUUGGCAAUGCCAAGGAUAUACUCAAUAAUGGCAAGGUUGAUUGGUUCGGAUGAGAUGGACAUAGUAAAGGCUGUGCUUGAAGGGAGUCGCUGGAUUUGGGUGGGAGAUGGAUUUGCAACUGUGGAUGAGGUUAUUCUUGAUGGACCGCUUCAUUUGGCGCCAUAUAUACGUGUUAUACCUGUUGAUCUAGCCGUUUUCAAGGAAUUAUUUUUGGAGCUUGGUGUUCGAGAAUCUUUGAAUUCCAGUGAUUAUGGUAACAUUUUAAGCAGAAUGGCUGUGAGAGAAGGUUCCUCUGUCCUAGAUGCACAGAAACUCAGGGCAGCAAUACUGAUUGCUCAGCGUCUGGCUGAAUUUCAGUUUCAUGAACACCAAGUUCAGAUCUAUUUACCUGAUGUUUCAGGCAGAUUGUUACUUGCAAGUGAUUUAGUUUACAAUGAUGCUCCCUGGUUGCUUGGAUCAGAUGAUAUGAAUAGCACAUUCGAUGCUGCACCUACUGUUGCCUUAAAUGCAAAGCAAACAGCUCAGAAGCUUAUCCAUGGGAAUAUAUCUAAUGAAGUUGCAGAGAGGUUAGGCGUGUGCUCGCUUCGCCGGAUGCUGCUUGCUGAGAGUGCUGAUUCAAUGAAUAUGAGUUUAUCCGGGGCUGCUGAAGCUUUUGGACAGCAUGAAGCAUUGACAACAAGACUCAAGCACAUACUUGAGAUGUAUGCAGAUGGUCCUGGGAUUCUUUUUGAACUGGUACAAAAUGCGGAGGAUGCAGGUGCUUCCGAGGUAAUAUUUCUUUUGGAUAAAACUCAGUAUGGAACGUCUUCUGUUCUUUCCCCUGAAAUGGCAGAUUGGCAAGGCCCUGCGCUGUACUGCUUCAAUGAUUCCGUUUUCAGUUCUCAGGAUCUUUAUGCUAUCUCACGCAUUGGUCAAGAAAGCAAACUAGAGAAGCCUUUUGCAAUUGGAAGAUUUGGGCUGGGUUUUAAUUGUGUCUAUCAUUUUACGGACAUACCUACAUUUGUUUCUGGGGAAAACAUUGUUAUGUUUGAUCCUCAUGCCUAUAAUUUGCCCGGGAUCUCUCCUUCCCACCCAGGCUUGCGAAUCAAAUAUGUUGGGAGAAAAAUCUUGGAACAGUUUCCUGAUCAAUUUUCUCCAUUCUUACACUUUGGAUGUGACUUGCGGCAUCCAUUUCCUGGCACCCUCUUCCGUUUCCCCUUAAGAAGUGGUGGUGUUGCCUUGCGAAGCCAGAUAAAGAAAGAGGAAUAUAGGCCUGAAGAUGUCUUACGUCUCUUUGAUUCUUUCUCCAGUGUUGUUUCCGAUGCACUUCUCUUCCUUCGCAAUGUGAAAACUAUAUCUAUUUAUGUGAAGGAAGGAAGUGGUUAUGAUAUGAAACUAAUACAUCGUGUAAACAGGGAUUGUAUUACCGAAUCAGACAUGGAAUCCAAUGCACAGCAUCAUAUAGUUGAUCUUAUUGGUGGGAAUCAUCAUCAUGGAAUGGAUAAAGAUCAGUUGCUGAGUAAGUUGAAUAAAUUAGUAAAUAGAGAUUUUCUUCAUAGAUGUCAGAAGGUUGUUGUCACAGAGAAAAGCUUAACUGAUAUUGUGUCGCAUUGUUGGAUAACUAGUGAAUGUAUAGGUGGUGGGCAAGCUAAGAAGAAUUCUGAAGUUGCUAACAAGUCUCAUAUUUUAAUCCCAUGGGCUUGUGUUGCUGCCUACAUAGACUCGGUCAAUGUCGGUGGGGAGUUGAGUAAUACUCCAAGUAAUGCUUCCACUUCUGAUAUCUUUGGAAUUUCCAUUUCUUCUAUUCAGGAAAGAAAAAAUUUCGAGGGCCGUGCGUUUUGCUUUCUUCCCCUGCCAAUUGGUACAGGUCUUCCAGUACAUGUUAAUGCUUAUUUUGAAUUGUCUUCCAAUCGGAGGGACAUAUGGUUUGGUAAUGACAUGGCAGGGGGUGGGAAAAAACGAUCAGAGUGGAAUAUUCAUAUCCUUGAAGAUGUUGUUGCCCCUGCAUAUGGUCGCUUGCUUGAGAAAAUUGCUUCUCAAAUUGGCCCAUGUGAUUUGUUUUAUUCACUUUGGCCUACAGCAACUGGAUUAGAACCUUGGGCAUCAUUAGUUCGAAAACUCUACAAAUUUAUUAUUGAAUCUGGUCUUCAUGUAUUACAUACAAAAGCGAGAGGGGGCCAGUGGAUUUCAACCAAACAAGCUAUCUUUCCUGAUUUUACAUUUUAUAGGGUUCAUGAACUUGUUGAAGCUUUAUCAGAUGCCGGUUUACCGUUGGUGACUGUGUCCGAGCCACUUGUUGAGCGAUUUAUGGAAGUGUCCCCAUCGUUGCAUUUUCUGAAGCCUCAUUUGUUGAGAACCAUUUUGAUUCGGCGAAAACGUGAAUUUAAAAACAGGAAUGCAAUGAUCUUGGCCCUUGAAUAUUGCUUGCUUGACUUGAAAAUUCCUGUACAGCUUGAUAGUUUGUUUGGUUUACCUCUCUUACCUCUUGCUGAUGAUUCAUUCACAACAUUUGAGAAGAGGGGGGCUGGUGAAAGAAUUUAUAUUACCCAGGGGGAGGAGUACAACCUUCUCAGAUAUUCUGUUCCUCGUCAACUUGUGGAGCAGGGGAUUCCAGAAGGAGUUUAUGGGAAAUUAUGUGACAUAGCCCAGAGCGAGGAAUCAAGUAUAUCAUUUCUGUCAUGCCAUUUGCUUGAGAAACUCUUUCUGAAAUUACUCCCAUCAGAUUGGCAAUUUGCUAAGAGGGUAACUUGGACUCCUGAUCAUCAGGGACAACCAAGUUUAGAAUGGAUAAGGUUACUGUGGAGCUAUUUGAAGUCAUGUUGUGAUGACCUCUCAGUGUUUUCUAAGUGGCCAAUAUUGCCGGUUGCAGACAAUUAUCUUUUACAACUAGUUGAAAAUUCACAUGUGAUUAGAAAUGAUGGUUGGACUGAGAACAUAUCCUCCUUGUUGCUGAAAGCUGGGUGUCUAUUCUUGCGGCAUGACAUACCAGUAGAACAUCUACAGUUGGGAAAAUUUGUGCAGUCUCCAACAGCAAUUGGCAUCUUGAAUGCAUUUUUGGCAGUUGCUGAUAAACCAGAUAACAUUGAGGGGCUCUUUUGCAAUGCAUCAGAAGGAGAAAUGUAUGAGCUUCGAAGUUUCAUCCUUCAGUCCAAGUGGUUCUCUGAAGAGCAAAUGAGUAAUAUACAUAUUGAAAUCAUCAAACACAUUCCUAUGUUUGAGUCAUAUGGAAGCAGGAAACUUGUAAGUUUGUCUAAACCCAUCAAAUGGCUGAAUCCUGAUAGUGUUCGUGAGAAUCUUUUGGAUGACAACUUUAUACGCAUAAAGUCGGACAGAGAAAGGAAUAUUCUGAAAAGGUACUUAGAAAUUGGAGAGCCAUCAAGGGUGGAGUUUUACAAAGAUUAUGUACUCAACCGGAUGUGUGAAUUUGUCUCAGAGGAGGGAGCCUUUUCAGCAAUUCUACAAGAUGUGAAGCUUCUUAUUGAAGAGGAUAAUUCCAUCAAAUCUGCACUUUCUGUGACACCUUUCGUUUUUACAGCAAAUGGAUCUUGGCAACAACCAUCCAGGCUUUAUGAUCCUCGCGUUUCUGAGUUGCAAAAGUUGCUUCAUAAAGAAUCAUUCUUUCCUUGUGAAAAGUUCUCAGACCCUGCAACUUUGGAUACUUUAGUUCACCUUGGACUCAGAAGGACUUUGGAUUUUACUGGUUUUCUUGAUUGUGCUAAAUCUGUAUCAAUAUUGCAUGAUUCUCGAGACUUGGAUGCACAUAGUUUUGGGCAGAGGCUACUUGUUCACUUAAAUGCUCUUGCUCUUAAGCUCUCAGUCGGGCAGGAAGAAAGCAAUCUCAAUGAGUUGGAUAAUAUUGUAUUUUGUCAGACUGAUAGUGUUGAGAAUGUUGACCCUCUUGAAAGCAGUAAGACCAUCGAGAAUGAUCUGAACAUUGACUGUCUGAUCAGAAACUUUUCUGAUGAUAAAUCAGAGGAAAAUUUUUGGUCUGAAAUGAAGACGAUUGCUUGGUGUCCUGUUUGCACUGUGCCACCUUUUCAAGGACUGCCGUGGUUAAAAUCUAGUAACAAAGUAGCAUCUCCUGGCAGUGUGAGACCUAAAUCACAGAUGUGGAUGGUAUCCUCUAUGAUGCAUAUACUAGAUGGUGAAUGCGGGUCAAUGUAUCUACAAGGAAAACUUGGUUGGACAGAUCGACCUAAGAUUGAUGUUUUGUGCACACAAUUAAUUGAACUUUCAAAAUCUUAUCACCAGUUUAAGAUACAUUCUUCAGUAGAGCUUGGUUUUGAAUUGCAAAAGGGCAUUUUCUUGCUUUAUUCAAAAUUGCAAGAAUAUAUUGGCACUGAUGAUCUUGCGAUGCUAAAAUCGGCCUUAAAUGGGGUUUCCUGGGUUUGGAUCGGGGAUGAUUUUGUAUCUCCAGGUGCACUUGCAUUUGAUUCACCAGUGAAAUUCAUUCCAUAUAUAUACGUUGUCCCAUCUGAGUUAUCAGAGUUCAGAGAGCUGCUUAUUCAAUUAGGUGUAAAACUUAGUUUUGAUACUUGGGAUUACUUCCAUAUUAUUCGGCGCUUACAAGAUGAUGUAAAAGGGUCUCCUCUGUCCACUGAUCAGUUGAGUUUCGUCCAUUGUGUUCUUGAAGCUGUUGCAGAAAAUUCUUCAGCGAAUAUAUUGCUUGAGGCAUCAAAUACUUCCUUGUUAAUUCCAGACUCUUAUGGAAUUCUGAUGUCUGCAAGGGAUCUUGUGUAUAAUGAUGCUCCGUGGGUGGAAAAUAAUGCUCUUGUUGGAAAGCAUUUUCUUCACCCAGUUAUCAGUUAUGAUUUGGCUAAUCGGUUGGGGGUUAAAUCUCUUAGCUGUCUGUCAUUAGUAGAUGAAGAUACGAUGAAAGAUCUGUCAUGCAUGGACACUGGUAGAAUAAAUGAGCUUCUAUCAGUAUAUGGUAAUAAUGAUUUUUUGUUGUUCGAUCUGCUUGAGUUGGCAGAUUGCUGCAAAGCUAGGAAGCUACACCUAAUCUUUGAUAAGAGGGAACAUCCUCGCCAGUCUUUGCUACAGCACAAUUUAGGUGAAUUUCAAGGGCCAGCCCUAGUUGCCAUUUUGGAAGGGGCCAUCCUGACUAGAGAGGAAGUAAGCAGUCUUCAGCUUCUCCCUCCAUGGAGACUUCGGGGCGAUACCCUUAACUAUGGUUUAGGACUUCUUAGUUGCUAUUUUAUAUGUGAUUUCCUAUCCAUUGUUUCUGGUGGUUACUUCUACAUGUUUGAUCCCCGUGGUUUGGCACUUGGGGUCUCUUCAAAUCGUGCACCAGCGGCCAAAAUGUUUUCUCUGAUAGGUACUAAUUUGACAGAGCGAUUCCAUGAUCAAUUUAAUCCUCUGCUUAUUGGUCAAAAUGUGUUUGGAUCAUCAUUAGAAUCUACUGUUAUCCGCAUGCCUCUAUCACCAGAAUGCUUGAAAGAUGGACUUGAUUUGGGAGUGAAGCGAGUAAAGCAAAUAUUUGACAGAUUUUUGGAGCAUGCAUCAAGAACACUUAUCUUUUUAAAGUCGGUGUUGCAGGUAUCAUUCUCAACAUGGGAAGAAGGAUGUGUAGAGCCAUCCCAGGAAUAUGUAGUUUCUCUUGAUUUCGCAUCUGCAAGUAUGAGGAAUCCAUUUUCAGAAAAAAAGUGGAGGAAGUUUCAGUUAUCAAGACUAUUUAGUAGCUCAAAUGCAGCAAUUAAAUUUCAUGCAAUAGAUGUGAACAUAUUCCACGGAGAUACUAAAAUUGUUGACCGAUGGCUUGUUGUUCUUAGCCUGGGAUCUGGACAGACUAGAAAUAUGGCUCUUGAUAGGCGUUACCUGGCUUACAGUUUGACACCUGUUGCUGGAGUGGCAGCACAUAUAUCGCGUGAUGGCCACCCCAUUGAAGCGUUUGUAAAUGGCUCUGUUAUGGCCCCUCUUCCUUUGUCAGGAGGAAUAACAUUGCCAGUAGCUGUCCUUGGAUGUUUUCUUGUGCAACACAAUGGGGGUCGUUAUCUUUUUAAAUUCCAAGACAAGGAAGAUUUGGCAGCUGCACGGCCAGAUGCUGCGGACCAGCUUAUUGAAGCUUGGAACAGAGAACUGAUGUCUUGUGUACGUGAUUGCUAUAUUGAAUUGGUGGUAGAAAUGUUGAAGAUAAAAAGAGAAACUUCGAGUUCCAGCAUUGAGUUAAGUACAUGUCGUGCAAUUUCUCCGUCUAUCAAAGCUUAUGGUGAUCAAGUUUAUUCUUUCUGGCCACGUUCUAAUGCCCAUGCACUUGUCUCUCAAGCUGGGGAUGCCAAUAACUUUGUACCUGCAGAAAUUCCUAAAGUGGAUUGGGAAUGUCUGGUAGAACAAGUCGUAAGGCCUUUCUAUAUUCGUGUUGCCGAUCUUCCUGUAUGGCAGUUGUUCUCUGGAAAUUUAGCUAAAGCUGAAGAAGGUAUGUUUCUCUCGCAACCUCGGAAUGGGGUGGGUGGAAAUUUGCUUCCAGCUACAGUGUGCAGCUUUGUGAAGGAACAUUAUCCUGUGUUUUCUGUUCCCUGGGAGCUGGUGUCUGAAAUCCAGGCUGUGGGGAUUAUAGUUCGAGAAAUUAAACCCAAGAUGGUUCGGGAUCUUUUACUCGUUUCAUCAACAUCUAUUGUUCUGCAGUCUGUUGAUGUCUAUGUUGAUGUUCUUGAGUACUGCUUGUCUGAUAUACAGUUCCCAGCAUUGUCACAUUAUGAUGGCAAUGAUGGUUUGACAAGUAACAGUUCAACAUCUGUUUUUGUGCCUGAUGCUCAAAGUUUUCAUGGCUUGUCUGCCCAAGGUACAGCCAGUUCAGGAGAUGCGGUUGAAAUGAUGACAAGUUUGGGAAGGGCUUUGUUUGAUUUCGGUCGGGGAGUUGUUGAAGACAUAGGUAGGGCUGGAGGGCCACUGGUUGAAAGGAAUGGCAGUAGCAGUAGAAGUGGAGACCCAAAGCUUCUAUCACUAGCAGCUGCGCUCAAAGGGCUGCCAUGUCCAACUGCAACAAAUCAUUUAGCACGUCUAGGAGUUACUGAACUUUGGUUUGCAACUAAGGAGCAACAAGCACUAAUGAUGCCUCUGGCUGCAAAGUUCAUCCAUCCAAAAGUAUUAGAUAAAUCUGUACUGGCCAAUAUUUUUUCAAAACGAUUAAUUCAAUCGUUACUAAAGCUGCAAACUUUCUCUCUGCACUUUCUUGCCAGUCAUAUGAGGUUACUUUUCCAUGAAAAUUGGGUGAAUCGUGUAAUGGAGUCAAAUAUGGUUCCAUGGUUUUCGUGGGAGAACACAUCAACUUCUGGUAGUGAAGAGGGUCCUUCCCCUGAGUGGAUAAGACUGUUCUGGAAAUGUUUUGCUCAGUCAUCUGAAGAGCUUGCACUCUUUUCUGAUUGGCCCCUCAUUCCUGCCUUUCUCGGUCGCCCAAUCUUAUGCCGUGUGAGGGAGUGGCAUCUGGUGUUUGUUCCUCCUCUUACAGAUCGUCUCUCUGAAAAUCUCAUAAUAGAUAGGGAUGCAACGGGAAACAGCCUCACUGUAUCGUCUCCCAAUCAAACUAUGGAAUCUGUGUCAAUCGAGUGCUACAUUUCAGCUCUAGAAGCAGCCAAAAAUAGGUAUCCUUGGUUAUUGUCACUGCUGAACCAAUGCAACAUACCAAUAUUUGAUAUUGCUUUCAUGGAAUGUGCUGGCCCUUGCAAUUGUUUAGCUACACCAGGUCAGUCAAUCGGACAGGUCGUUGCUUCUAAGCUUGUUGCAGCCAAACAUGCUGGCUAUUUUGCUGAACUUGCUUCUUUUUCAGCUUCAGAUCGUGAUGAUCUCUGUACUUUUUUUGCUUAUGAUUUUGUUUCUAAUGGCUCUUGCUACAAAGCUGAAGAGCUUGAAAUACUACGCUCUCUGCCUAUAUAUAAGACCGUAAUAGGUUCAUACACGCGAUUGAAUGGCCAAGAACAGUGUUUGAUCUCUUUGGAUUCAUUCUUUAAGCCAAAUGAUGAGCGUUGUCUUUCUUAUUCUGUUGAAUCGACCGAAGGUUUAUUACUUCGAGCACUUGGGAUUACUGAGUUGCAUGAUCAACAGACUUUAGUAAGGUUUGGAUUGCCUGGAUUUGAAGGGAAAUCUCAGGCUGAGCAGGAGGACGUAUUGAUUUAUCUUUAUACCAAUUGGCACGAUUUGCAAGCUGAUUCUUCUGUUGUUGACGCUUUAAAGGAAUCUAAGUUUGUAAAGAAUGCUGAUGAAUUUUCCACAGAUCUGUGCAAGCCUGGGGAUAUAUUUGAUCCGAGAGAUGCUUUAUUAGCAUCUGUGUUCGCUGGUGAAAGGAAGAAAUUUCCUGGGGAGAGGUUUACCACAGAUGGGUGGCUUCGUAUUUUAAGGAAAAUAGGCCUUCGAACUGCAACAGAGGCGGAUGUGAUACUUGAAUGUGCUAGAAGAGUAGAAUUUCUUGGAAGUGAGUACAUGAAAUCUGCUGGGGAUUUUGAUGAUUUUACAAUGGACAUCACUCACACUGGCAACGAAAUCACUGUGGAAAUAUGGGCUCUAGCAAUGUCUGUUGUUGAAACUAUUUUCUCCAACUUUGCUGUCCUGUUUGGCAAUAACUUCUGCAAUCAACUUAGCGAAAUUGCUUUCAUUCCAGCUGAACUAGGCCUUCCAAGUGUCGGUGGUAAGAAAGGUGGAAGAAGAGUACUUACUUCAUACAGUGAAGCUAUUCUGUUGAAGGACUGGCCUCUUGCUUGGAGUUGUGCCCCCAUUCUCUCCAGACAAAAUGUUGUUCCACCUGACUAUGCUUGGGGAGCACUACAUCUACGGAGUCCUCCUGAAUUCUCUACAGUUCUAAAGCAUUUGCAAGGAGUUGGAAGAAAUGGUGGUGAAGAUACUCUUGCGCACUGGCCAACUGCAUCAGGCACGAUGACCAUUGACGAAGCUUCAUGUGAAGUUUUAAAGUACCUGGAUAAAGUUUGGGGUUCCGUUUCUGCUUCAGAUGUAAUUGAGUUGCAAAAAGUGGCAUUUUUGCCUGCUGCAAAUGGGACGCGCUUGGUUACAGCAAACUCUCUUUUUGUGCAUUUGACAAUAAAUUUGUCACCAUUUGCAUUUGAACUUCCUUCUUUAUAUCUUCCUUUUGUGAAGAUUCUCAAAGAUUUGGGGCUUCAGGACAUGCUAUCAAUAUCUUCUGCAAAGAAGCUUCUGAUAGAUCUCCAAAAAGCAUGUGGAUAUCAGCAUCUAAAUCCAAAUGAACUUCGUGCUGUGAUGGAAAUUUUGUACUUCUGUAAUUGCUCUGUUGAUGGAGACGCGUCUGAUGGGCUUUGCUGGACGUCAGAUGCAAUUGUCCCAGAUGACGGGUGCAGACUUGUUCACGCACUAUCCUGUGUAUAUAUUGAUUCUUAUGGCUCCCAGUAUGUUAAACACAUAGACACUUCUAGGCUCAGAUUUGUUCACCCGGAUCUCCCAGAGAGAAUUUGUGCAGGCUUGGGCAUAAAAAAGCUGUCUGAUGUAGUUAUUGAGGAACUUGAUCAUCAAGAGCAUUUACAAACAUUGGAGCAUAUUGGAUCUGUUGCACUGGCAGUGAUCAGAGGGAAGCUCUUAAGUAGAUCAUUUCAGAGUGCUUUAUGGAAUCUUUUAAAUAGCACCCCUGUUUACAUUCCCACUGUUCAAAAGUUGGCUUUGGAAUCUGUACAAAGUUCAUUAGAAACUGUUGCAGAAAAGCUGCAGUUCGUAAAGUGCCUCCACACCCGCUUCAAGCUCCUUCCUAAUUAUGUAGACAUCACUCUUGUAACAAAGGAUUCAUUUAUUCCUGAAUGGGCAGAUGGGUCUGGACACCGCACUCUUUACUUUGUCAACCGGUCCAAGAGUUGUGUUUUAGUUGCCGAACCACCGAACUAUAUAUCUGUUCACGAUGUUAUUGCCAUUGUUUUGAGCCAGGUUUUAGGCUCCCGAACUCCAUUACCUAUAGGAUUCCUAUUUUCUUGCCCUGAAGGCUCUGAAGCUUCUGUAGUUGACAUCCUGCAGAUUUGUUCUGAAACGGUAGAAAAUGACUCCUCAACUAACAGUCUGCUUGGCAAAGAAUUACUGCCUCAAGAUGCCCUUCAAGUGAAAUUUCUUCCGAUGAGACCCUUUUAUAAAGGGGAAAUGGUGGCUUGGCGGUAUCAAAAUGGUGAGAAGUUGAAAUAUGGCCGAGUUCCUGAGAAUGUGAGACCUUCAGCUGGCCAAGCGCUCUACAGAUUUAAAGUUGAAACUGCACCAGGGGUUACUGAGGCCCUUCUUUCUUCACAGAUUUUCUCAUUCAGAAGUGUAUUAAUGGGACAUGAGGCUUCCACGUCAACUAUGCCAGACAGUAACCACAUACUAGUUGAUAAAAGGGCUUCUAUCGAGGUGCCAGAAAGCUCUGGAAAAAGCAAAGCGAAAUCUUCCAAGGGUGUUAAAGAGCUUCAGUAUGGCCGAGUAUCAGCUCAAGAACUUGUUCAGGCAGUUCAUGAGAUGCUUUCUGCUGCUGGAAUCAAUUUGGAUGUGGAGAAGCAAUCUCUUCUGCAGAAGGCCAUAACACUGCGAGAACAACUGAAAGAGUCUCAGGCAGCUGUUUUGCUUGAACAGGAAAAGGUUGAUGUAGCAGCAAAAGAAGCUGAUGCGGCCAAAGCAGCUUGGAUUUGUCGGGUCUGCUUGAGUAAUGAAGUUGAUAUGACAAUAGUCCCUUGUGGCCAUGUUCUUUGUCGUAGAUGUUCAUCUGCUGUUUCGAGGUGUCCUUUUUGUAGGCUUCAGGUCACGAAAACGUUGAGAAUUUUCCGGCCAUAAAUUCAACUUUCAAUUUGGUAUGUUGAUAUAUGACUUUGCUUCUUGCCCUAUAUUUACCCUUAGGUUUUAUAGAACCACCAGAACUCAAUUUUUAUCGUAAGUGAUUGCAUCAUCCCUUGAUGAAAAUGAAAUGAACUUGGGUAGAUAUUUGAUCAAGUCGUUUCGCUGUUAAUACUAGGGGAUCUUUAAGGGGUACAUUUUAGCUUCAUAUUCUUGUUUGUCUCUGCCAAGCUCGUCUUUGGGAAGAAGAUGAAAAUUAGUUGUAUAUAUCGAUCAAUCGAUGUCCUUCAGAACUUUAUUUUUUUGUUGUUGUUACAUAAGAAAUAUUUAUCAUGGUGAA